GCUGCUGCUGCUGCAAGGAAUCAAAAGAAGACUCUUCGGUUGUUUGUUGCUUUUGCUUCAGUCUUUUGAGAUCCGUUAGUUCGUUCAGACGUUCGUUCCGUGUUUGUGGUGGUUUUUAAUCGUUUCGGUGUUAUCUCCCCGCUCGCGCGCGCAAUAUCUACCUACCUUCGCUCCGGUAUCACAUUCCUCCAUUUCCGUCAGUGAGGUUGUUGGUUGUGUGCACCAAAAGCAGGCAAAAAAGGCACCAGUUCAACAGUUUUGUGCAAUCGGUCGGUUUUUUUUUGCUCCUCUUCAACGCGGUUAUUGCGCUGAGGAAAGCUUGAAAAUUGGUAUCAGAAAGCAAAAAAAAAAGGAAGCGAUAUAAAAUCCUAUCUGGCCCAAUAUAUUCGUGUGAAGUAAUAUAAGCGUGUGUGUAAUUUUUCAAAAUCAGCGCUUUUGUUGAUUAUCACAAAAAAAAAACAUUCUGAUAGUGUUGGAAAAAGUGUUUUGCUGUUCUUCAUUUCUCCGUUUUCGGUGUUUUCAAAAUUCACGUUGCUUGUAAGCAAUAUUGAAAAUUUGAGGCGGUCCGGAACGAAUUCGCCGGGAAGUGGAAAGCACUACUGGAGGCUGGCGGCGGCGGCGGAGGCGCUUGUGGAUUAAGCUUGAGCGAUCCGGAACAGCACGCAGCAGGGUGCGACAGCGAUAACGACGAUUACGACAACGACAGUAUGACGAACUCACAGCUAUGGUUCCGCGGAGUGCGGCCUUCCAAGUUCCGGCACGUGUACGGUCUUCCCACGCGGAAAGAGUGCUGCUACACAGACAUCAGUGUGGUCCGCAGCGGCAACGAUGGCAACUUUUGCGCCAUCAAUCCCACAUUCCUGGCCAUCGUGGCCGACACCACUUUUGUGGUGAUUCCGAUUAACCAAACCGGCCGGAUCGAUUUCCAGUGCUGCAAGGUGAUUGGACACACCGGUCAAAUUCUGGACCUCAAGUGGAACCCGUUCGAUGACAACAUGAUCGCAUCGGCAUCCGACGAUUGCACGAUCAAACUCUGGAAGAUCCCUGAGGGUGGUCUGACGAGCAACUUGACCGAAUGUUCAACCGAACUGGUCGGUCACAAGCGCAAGGUGCUGCACAUCGAAUGGCACCCGACUGCGUCGAACGUGUUGAUAAGCGCUGGUUUCGACCAUCUGAUUUGCGUCUGGGACGUCAGUAAUGCCGAGAAACCGCUGAUGAACGUGAUCAAUUGUCACGUGGAUAUGAUUUACAGUUUGGCAAUCAGUCGUGACGGGUCGCUGAUUGCAACCACUUCCAAGGAUAAGAAGCUGCGGGUGAUCGAACCGCGCAGUGGAAUCGUCGUUUCGGAGGGCAUCUGUCACUUGGGAACGAAAUGUUCCAAGGCAGUUUUUCUCGAUAACGAUCGCAUUCUGACGACAGGAUUUUCCCGACACUCGGAUCGGCAGUUUGCUGUGUGGAAUCAGCAUGACCUAAAGAAGCCCUUGGUACAGGAAGUAAUUGACAGUUCGAGUGGAGUCGUCACUCCCUACUUCGAUUACGACACAAGAAUGAUCUACCUAGCAGGAAAAGGAGACGGUAACAUCCGGUACUAUGAACUGGUAGAUGAACCGCCGUACGUGUACUACUUGAAUCAGUUCCUUUCGGGACAACCCCAGAAGGCACUGGGAUUCAUGCCAAAACGCGGUGUAAAUGUAACGCAAUGUGAAGUGUUUAGAUUUUACAAACUGCACGCUACGGGAAAUAUUUGCGAACCGAUUUCGAUGAUUGUUCCUCGCAAAUCGACUCUGUUCCAGAAUGACCUCUAUCCGGAUACGCUGGCUGAUAUACCGGCUAUUGGCGCCAAAGAAUGGUUCCAGGGGAGAAAUGUGCAGCCCAUCCUGAGGUCUAUGAAGACUGGUGAAUCCAUUUUGGACACGACCAAUCAGAAAACCCGCACCGAGAGCAAAUUUGUCACAAACCAUCACACCAACAGCAAGCACAAUGUCCUCAACAACCACCACGGCAAUCUCAAUGGUAACAGCAAUAAUAACCAUAACCAUAGCAAUACCAAUGGCACAACGAUGAACGGUGGCUACACGAACGGUGGCAAUAUGACACCCCUCACCAACGGCAAAAACAACAAGGAAAAUGAACUCGACAACCGGAAGUUUGACAACAACACGAAAAAGUUUGCCUUCCUGUCACAACCGACGAUACCGGAUUAUAGGCCGCAAGCGGUAACUAACAUUAUCGAAAAGAGUCAAAAGACAUCGACGAACCAGAGUACAAAGUUCCACCAGCUGCAGGCGAUCUUCGGUCAGCACCAGACCGCGAACCACAAGGACAUUGCCAACCUGCAGAACAACUUGCUGAGCAGCUCGAGGAACAGUUCGCGCAACAGCUCGCUGGAGAAUAUCAACCUGUUGAACUCGGAGAAUGAGCUCCGAAAAGCGUUCAACAAACAAGCUGAGGAAAUCAAGAGCCUGCGAAAGUCUCUCAACAAUUCCGAAAAGCGAGUCAGGGAGCUGGAGGUGGAAGUCAAACGGUUACAGCUUCAUCAGAAGCACUAGAUUGUUAAGUAAAGUAGACGAAAUAGCACAUAAGCUACGGACACUAAUACCUAUUACACACUACUACACACAUACAUAUAUUUUCCGUCGUUCUCCAAAACAAGCUGCUUAAUCCUCUCCUCUCAAUAUAUUCUUACUUAACACAACAGUAUAACCAUUUGAACACUGCGAAAAUAGUACGAAGCAGGUAAUUCGUACUAGCAACAGGACAUUCAUAAUUAAAUAUCUAUUGUUAGUAAAUAGUUUAUUGGACAUGAUUGCUUUGAGCUAACCAAUAUCAGCAGACAAAACACACAUACACACACAAAUAUGCAUUUCCAAAAUUAUCGGCUUGGGCAAAAUGUAACAACAGCAGCUCACUCCAACCAAGUGAGUGACUACCGAGCGUGGUUUGCAUUUCACUGUAACGUUACAAAACAUUUUGGUUGAAAUAAUGCUUCCCAAGCAGCAAAACAGUCCGAUAAAAGCAACCGACAAGACUUAAUAACAGCAGAAAUGUAAACUUAAUUGAACACUAGUAUGGCUUUCGAUAUCGAUAUGUGUGAGGGUUAGAGGAAAACAAUAGUCAAACAUAGCCAAAACUCAAAUAAGACAGAGUGAGUGCGCGCUUUUUUUCAAUCAAUAUCUGUUUGGUUUGACAACUGCGCUUUAAACGUAGUCUCUAUACGUCUAGAGUCUUAUUGUAAUUUGUAAUACACAUUGUGAGUGGAAAGUUAUGUUCAAGCAAACAAUUCGGAACAAGAAGAUAAUUAAGAAAGAAAAAAAGACAAGUGAUUUGUGAUUUACCAAGAAUGGUAGUAAUAUAAACGUAGUAGCAAAAAAAAAACAA